CUUUGCUAAUUUCUCCACGUUGAGGAUGAAAUCUUAAACCUCUUAAGCUCAGAGUCAAGAGUGUUUUAACUCUUCUUCACCAAACGAAAAUGACAGGUUCGAUCUCGACCUCUUGGCUCUUGUUAUCUCCUUCGAAUUCUAAACCGCUUUCUAGCUCAGACUCGUACUCUUUCAUAGCCACCUUGAAACCAUUUCGUUAUUAUCCGUUUCAAUCACUGAGCUCAAAUCGGAUUUCGUCGAUAUCUCCGUCGCCGUCACUUCGAAUUCGAUCUGGAAUCCGGGAGUUACGAGAACGGAUCGACAGUGUGAAGAGUACCCAGAAGAUAACGGAAGCGAUGAGACUCGUGGCGGCUGCUAGAGUUCGUCGAGCUCAAGAUGCAGUCAUAAAGUGUAGACCUUUCACCGAGACUCUAGUCGAGGUUCUCUACUCUAUCAACCGGUGUGCUCAAUUGGAAGACAUUGAUUUCCCUCUGAGUGUUGUUAGACCCGUAAAGAGAGUUGCUUUGGUUGUUGUCACUGGUGAUAAAGGACUGUGUGGUGGUUUCAACAACGCUGUGAUCAAGAAAGCUACUUUGAGAGUUCAAGAGUUGAAGCAAAGAGGUAUAGACUGUGUUGUGAUUAGCGUUGGUAAGAAAGGGAAUGCGUAUUUUAGCCGGAGAGAUGAAAUCGAAGUGGAUAAAUGUAUUGAAGGAGGAGGUGUUUUCCCAACGACUAAAGAAGCUCAAGUUAUUGCAGAUGAUGUGUUUUCCCUGUUUGUGAGUGAAGAGGUUGAUAAAGUUGAGCUAGUUUACACAAAGUUUGUGUCUUUGAUUAAAUCUGAUCCUGUGAUCCACACUCUGUUGCCUUUGUCCAUGAAAGGAGAGUCUCGUGAUAUGAAAGGGGUUUGUGUUGAUGCUAUGGAGGAUGAGAUGUUUAGGCUAACGAGCAAAGAUGGCAAGUUAGCUGUGGAAAGGACAAAGCUUGAAGUUGAGAAGCCUGAGGUGUCACCGUUGAUGCAGUUUGAGCAAGACCCUGUUCAGAUUCUUGAUGCAAUGAUGCCUUUGUAUCUAAACAGUCAGAUUCUGAGAGCACUGCAAGAGUCUUUAGCGAGUGAGCUCGCGUCGAGGAUGAAUGCUAUGAGUAAUGCUACUGAUAAUGCAGUUGAAUUGAAGAAGAAUCUAACCAUGGCUUAUAAUCGAGCAAGACAGGCUAAGAUCACUGGGGAGUUGCUUGAGAUUGUGGCUGGAGCCGAGGCUCUUCGAGAGUCUUAGUUAGAAUCUACAGCUUCCUUUUUUUUUUUUUUUUUGACAAUCAGAAACUACAGCUUUCCUUCCUAUGUGUAACCAAUUGUUGGGCGAAUUCGGGUCGGGUCGGAUACUUCGGGUCGGGUAAUUCGGAUAGUCGGGUAAUUCGGAAUCAGAGAAGUGUUACCGAAAAUAACCGAAUUAAAUAACGGGUCAGGUCGGUUCGGGUAUCGGGUUUUUCGGUUAUUAUUUUUGGUUACCGAAACUAACCGGAGUUUUUAAUUUUUUGGUUAGUUUGGUUGUUUAAGUUGAAUCGGGUCAAAAAUCUCGGUUAUUUUUGGGUAAAUUCGGGUAAUUUCGGUUAUUUUCGGGUAGUUUGGAUAAUUUGGUUAAUUCGGGUCAGUUAAUUUCGGGUAAUUUCGGGUAAUACGGGUAAUUCGGUUAAAUUCGGGUAACCGAUCG